CUUUGGUGGCGGCGCAGUCGCCGUGCGGCCGGCGGACGGGCGGGCGCUUCGCGGUUUGAAUGGCUGCGGGCUCGGGCCCUCAGCUCACCUGAGGACCGGCCGCCCAGGGGUGCGCUAUGCCGUCGGGAGGCGACCAGUCGCCGCCGCCCCCGCCUCCUCCUCCGGCGGCCGCAGCCUCGGAUGAGGAGGAGGAAGACGAUGGGGAGGCGGAGGACGCGGCGCAGCCGGCCCGGUCGCCGGCGCCUCAGACCCAGCAGCGGUUCGAGGAGCUGUGCAGCCGCCUAAACAUGGACGAGGCGGCGCGGGCCGAGGCCUGGGACAGCUACCGCAACAUGAGCGAGAGCUACACUCUGGAGGGAAAUGAUCUUCACUGGUUAGCAUGUGCCUUAUAUGUGGCUUGCAGAAAAUCUGUGCCAACUGUAAGCAAAGGGACAGUUGAAGGAAACUAUGUAUCUUUAACUAGAAUCCUGCGAUGUUCAGAGCAGAGCUUAAUUGAAUUUUUUAACAAGAUGAAGAAGUGGGAAGACAUGGCAAAUCUACCCCCACAUUUCAGAGAACGUACUGAGAGAUUAGAAAGAAACUUCACUGUUUCAGCGGUAAUUUUUAAGAAAUAUGAACCCAUUUUUCAGGACAUUUUUAAAUAUCCUCAAGAGGAGCAGCCUCGUCAACAGAGAGGAAGAAAACAGCGGCGACAGCCCUGUACCGUGUCGGAGGUUUUCCAUUUUUGUUGGGUGCUCUUUAUAUACGCCAAAGGUAAUUUCCCCAUGAUUAGUGACGAUUUGGUCAAUUCUUACCAUCUUCUGCUGUGUGCUGUGGACUUGGUCUAUGGAAAUGCCCUUCAGUGUUCCAAUCGUAAAGAACUGGUGAACCCUAAUUUUAAAGGCCUGUCUGAAGAUUUUCAUGCUAAGGAUUCUAAACCUUCCUCUGAUCCACCUUGUGUCAUUGAGAAACUCUGUUCCUUACAUGAUGGCCUAGUUUUGGAAGCAAAGGGAAUAAAAGAACACUUCUGGAAACCCUACAUUAGGAAACUUUAUGAAAAAAAGCUCCUUAAGGGAAAAGAAGAAAAUCUUACGGGGUUUUUAGAACCUGGGAAUUUUGGAGAGAGUUUUAAAGCCAUCAAUAAGGCCUAUGAGGAGUAUGUUUUAUCUGUUGGGAAUUUAGAUGAAAGGAUAUUUCUUGGAGAGGAUGCUGAAGAGGAAAUUGGGACUCUCUCCAGGUGUCUGAAUUCUGGUUCAGAAACAGAGACUGCUGAAAGGGUGCAGAUGAAAAACAUCUUGCAGCAGCACUUCGACAAGUCUAAAGCAUUUAGAAUCUCCACACCACUUACCGGUGUGAGGUACGUGAAGGAUAACAGCCCUUGUGUGACCCCAGUGUCUACGGCCACACACAGCUUGAGCCGUCUUCACACCAUGCUAACAGGCCUCAGGAAUGCACCAAGUGAGAAACUGGAACAGAUUCUAAGGACAUGUUCCAGAGAUCCAACACAGGCCAUUGCCAACAGAUUGAAAGAAAUGUAUGAAAUAUAUUCUCAGCAUUGCCAGCCAGAUGAGGAUUUCAGUAGUUCUAAAGAAAUUGCCAGCAAACAUUUUCGUUUUGCAGAGAUGCUUUACUAUAAAGUACUAGAAUCUGUUAUUGAACAGGAACAGAAAAGACUGGGAGACAUGGAUUUAUCUGGCAUUCUGGAGCAAGAUGCAUUCCAUAGAUCACUUUUGGCCUGCUGUCUUGAGGUCGUUACUUUUUCUUACAAGCCUCCUGGGAAUUUUCCAUUUAUUACUGAAAUAUUUGAUGUGCCACUUUAUCAUUUUUAUAAGGUGAUAGAAGUAUUCAUUAGAGCAGAAGAUGGUCUUUGUAGAGAGGUGGUAAAACACCUUAAUCAGAUCGAAGAACAGAUCUUGGAUCAUUUGGCAUGGAAACCAGAGUCUCCGCUCUGGGACAGAAUUAGAGACAAUGAAAAUAGAGUUCCUACUUGUGAAGAGGUUAUGCCACCUCAGAAUCUGGAAAGAGCCAGUGAUAUUUGUAUUGCUGGCUCUCCUUUGACUCCCAGAAGGGUGAGUGAAGUUCGUGCUGAUACUGGAGGACUUGGAAGAAGCAUAACAUCUCCAGCCACAUUAUAUGACAGAUACAGCUCCCCAGCAGCCAGCUCUACCAGAAGGCGUCUAUUCGUUGAGAACGAUAGCCCCUCUGAUGGAGGGACACCUGGGCGCAUUCCCCCACAACCCCUAGUCAAUGCUGUCCCUGUGCAGAAUGUAUCUGGGGAUGCCGUUUCUGUCACACCAGUUCCUGGACAGACUUUGGUCACCAUGGCAACAGCCACUGUCACGGCCAACAAUGGACAAACAGUGACCAUUCCUGUACAAGGUAUUGCAAAUGAAAAUGGAGGGAUAACAUUCUUCCCAGUCCAGGUCAACGUGGGAGGGCAGGCACAAGCUGUGACUGGCUCCAUCCAGCCCCUGAGUGCUCAGGCCCUGGCUGGAAGUUUGAGCUCUCAACAGGUGACAGGAACAACGUUGCAAGUCCCUGGUCAGGUGGCCAUUCAGCAGAUUUCCCCAGGUGGACACCAGCAGAAACAAGGCCCACCUUCAACUGGCAGCAGUAUUAGACCGAGGAAGACCAGCUCUUUAUCGCUUUUCUUUAGAAAGGUUUACCACUUGGCAGGUGUUCGCCUUCGGGAUCUUUGUGCUAAACUGGAUAUUUCAGAUGAACUAAGGAAAAAAAUCUGGACCUGUUUUGAAUUCUCCAUAAUUCAGUGUCCUGAACUUAUGAUGGACCGACAUCUGGACCAGUUGUUGAUGUGUGCCAUUUAUGUGAUGGCAAAGGUCACAAAAGAAGACAAGUCCUUCCAGAAUAUUAUGCGUUGUUAUAGGACUCAGCCACAGGCCCGGAGCCAGGUGUAUAGAAGUGUUCUGAUCAAAGGAAAAAGGAAAAGAAGAAAUUCUGGCAGCAGUGAUAGCAGAAGCCAUCAGAACUCUCCAGCAGAACUAAACAAAGACAGAACCAGCAGAGACUCCAGUCCCGUCAUGAGGUCCAACAGCACCUUGCCGGUUCCACAGCCUAGCAGUGCCCCUCCUACACCCACUCGUCUCACCGGUGCCAACAGUGACAUGGAAGAGGAGGAGAGGGGAGACCUCAUUCAGUUCUACAACAAUAUCUACAUAAAGCAAAUUAAAACAUUUGCCAUGAAGUACUCACAGGCAAACGUAAUGGAUGCUCCUCCACUCUCUCCCUAUCCAUUUGUAAGGACAGGUUCUCCUCGCCGGAUACAGCUGUCUCAGAAUCAUCCGGUCUACAUUUCUCCACAUAAAAAUGAAACCGUGCUUUCUCCUCGAGAAAAGAUUUUCUACUACUUCAGCAACAGUCCUUCAAAGAGACUGAGAGAAAUUAACAGUAUGAUACGGACAGGAGAAACUCCAACCAAAAAGAGAGGGAUUCUUUUGGAAGAUGGAAGUGAAUCACCUGCAAAAAGAAUUUGCCCAGAAAAUCAUUCUGCCUUAUUACGUCGUCUCCAAGAUGUAGCUAAUGACCGAGGUUCUCACUGAGGUUAGUCGGUUGUACUGAAACGGUCUUUUCACAAGCUGUUGACAGCACCGGUUAAUGCAUGCUAGAUUAUGGGGCUCGUUUCCUAAUCUUCCAGUAUCCUUAGGGUAUCUCUACUCAGCCCAACUGCCUUUUUCCUAUCACUCAGUGCUUGCCAUCAAGGCUGCUUAGAAUCCAAACAGGAUUUUUUUUUUUUUUUUUU